AUGGACACAUCAAAAAGUGCCGAACAGGUAAGCAUGACCACGCCAGACGAUGAAUUGGGACCGGAGAAACUCGACAUUCAACUUACUGAAAUGAAGAAGGCCGAGGCUAACGGCCACAUUGAGGAUGAUGAGCCAGAACAGCCUAUCCAGUUGAAAGUUUAUGGUCGAAGAUGGAUAAUCCUGACCGUUGUGGCGAUGUUGAAUAAUACCAACACUAUGUCAUGGAUUGCCUUCGCUCCCGUUGCAAAUUACGUCAACAUUUUUUAUGGGGAAAACAGUGCUGCGUGGUUUUCGAUGGUUUAUAUGAUGUGCACCAUACCUGUGGGUUUCUUUGCCAUGUGGGCUGGACGAAAGUUCGGUCUAAGAAGUGCAAUAUUAAUAGCAGGAUGGACAAAUGGUAUCGGAGGACUGAUACGUCUAUUGAGCUCGUUUCUACCACUACAAUACCGCUUUACCGUCGGUAUCACAGGACAAGCCAUUGCAGCUAUCGCUUAUCCGUUUAUUAUGUUCCUUCCUACUAAGGUUGCUGCGUCUUGGUUCCCUGACAAUCAGCGUGGGUUGGCAACAACUAUAGGUGUGAUGUCAAACCCUCUUGGAGUACUUCUUGCCAAUAUUAUAAGCCCUCAGAUGGUGAAAGCGCCUCAGCACGUUGUUUACUUAAAUAUCUUCACAUUUGUGCCUUCUGCUGUCGCCAUGAUUCUCGCUACGCUGUUUGUUAGAAGGAGUGAGCCGAAAAUUCCUCCGACGUACAGUGCAAGCAAGCCGCAGAUGGACUUCAUUCCUGGUCUCAAAUCAUGCAUGACCUCAAAACAAUAUCUCAUUCUCUUCUUCGUUAUGGGCGGUGGAAUCGGCAUGUUCAAUUGUUUAUACACCAUUAUGCAGGAACUGUUGUGUCCGUCUGGCUAUUCCAACUCUUUCGUUGGCAUCUGCGCUGCUUUGAUGAUCAUCGGUGGUAUCGUCGGUGCUGCAGGAAGCGGUAUCUUCGUUGAUCGCACGAAGAUGUACGAGGAAACCAUGAAGGUCGCAAUGGGGUUAGCAGUUGUAUUUGGUCUCAUUUUCAUGCAGCUCACGCUGCACCCGAAUUUUGCACCAUUCCUCGCAGCUACAUGUGUUCUGUUCGGAAUAUUCGGCUUGGCUACUUACCCUGUUGGUUUGGAACUGUCCGCAGAAUGUACGUUCCCGGUAUCGGAGGCUACUUCUACCGGACUCAUCGUUUUAUCAGGCCAGGUCCAAAGCGUUUUGUACGUUCUCAUCAUGAAGCAGUUCAGUCGGCCACUACAACCUGAUCGGAUGGACAUUCAGGUUUGUUCAUUGGACGAGAAUGAUACCAUGAAUCAGCCAAAGGACAAUACGCAGGCUGUAAUGGUUUUCUCUUUACUGGCUGCUCUUCUCGUUCUGGUGUUGGUGAUUCUGUUCAAGCCCGUCUAUCGCCGAAUAGAAGCGGAAAAAGAGAACCGGGCACGGCUCGAUAAAGACAAGGAAGCACGAUUGAACGAUCAAAAGGUUACACUACCACGAGAAAAUGCUAUCCAGCCUCUGACUGAACCGCAGCAGCUCUGAAAUU